AUGGCGGAGGCGGGCGAGAGCCACAAGAGGACCCCCCUCUACCGGAGCGUCUCCUUCCAGCGCCUGGCCAAGUGGAUCGGGCCGGCCCAGCCCGACGGAGGAGGAGGAGGAGGAGGGGGCGGAGGAGGCGCCCCUCGGGGGGAGCCGCCGCCGCCGCCGCCUCGCCAGCCUCCGCCGCCCAGCGCGCACCACCCGGAGCCCAUCGGGCGGCGAUCGCCCGGCCGCGCCGCUUCCUUCAGCGUCUCCCGCCCCGCCGCCGCCGAGCCGGCCGGCCGCGCCCUGCGGAGCCUCUCGCCCUCCGUGCGCCAACUUUCCCAGCGCUUCUGCGCGCCCCGCGCCGAAGACGAAGCCCCGCCGGGCGGCGGAAGAGCCACCUGCGCCGCCGCCGAGAGUUUUCGGCGGCAGCAGCACCGACGGGGCGGCCCGAGCGCCGACGGGAGCCCAACGGGGCUGCCCCCCGACGGCGGCCCGGCUCCGGACGGGCCUUGCUGGGCCGAGGAGGAGCGUCCGGCCGGCCCGCCGCCGCCUCCGCCGCCCCGCAGCUGCAUCCCCUUCGCGGGGCUCCGGCCGGCGCGGGGCCCCCCGGGAGCGGCGGAGAAGCCGCAGCCGCCGCCGCCGCAGCUGUGGGAUACUUCGCAUUCCUGGCAUAGUUCGGCCUCCGCCGCCGCCGCGUCGUCGUCGUCCCCGUCCCCCGCCUCCUGCCCGGCCUGGGGCGGCUGGGGCCCCCCGGAGGUCUCCAGCAGCAGCGAGGAGGAGUUGAGGCCCUCGGCCGGCUUGGGCCCCGCUGCCGGCGGGCUGGGCGGGAAGAGCUGCCCCCGAGGCUCUUCAGGCAGUGAGGAGGAGGAGGAGGAGGCCCAGUCCACGCCGGUGCCCCUUCGGAGGAAGAAGAGGGAAACUGAGGCCCGGGUGGUGGCCGGCAUGGAGUGGCACCUCAAGGCCCAGCUGGACCUUUCUGGGGGUCUCCUGCCCCCCCAGGAGGAGGAGAGGACCCCCCCAGCUGCAGAAGCCAAAGGGGCCUCCCUUGCGGAGGGAGCCAGGCCGCUUUUGGGGGGGGUCCCCCCUGAGGGCAGCAGGCCCUUCCCGGGCCCUUCCCCCGGCCCGCUGUCCUCCGGGCCUCCCCUGCCUUUGGUGUCCAGGGUCUCCAAGGUCAACAUCCCCCCCUUUGCGUCCAGCCCGGCCGGCUCCCGAAGUAGCAGCAGAUACUCCAGCACGGAGACCUUGAAGGAGGAAGAGCAGCUGGGGGGCUCCUGGGUGGGCCAAAGCAAACCGGGUCUCGGCAUGGGUCGGGCCCCCAGUUUCGGCCCAAGCGACAGCCCGGCCCGCUUGCAGCCCCCGGUCCGGGCCCGUCCCAAGCUGCCGUUGGGGUUGAUGAGGACCAAGCAGGAGUUGUCCUCCUAUGAGAGUUUGCUGCCUUGUGGCCUCGAACCCGCGGCCGCCAGAUCCAAGCACCAGAAGUCCAUGUCCAACCCUGACAUUGCCAGCGAGACCUUGGCCCUCCUCAGUUUCCUGAAAUCGGACCUUCUGGAGCUGAAGGCCAGGAAAAAGGGCAGUAGGCUGAGUGACCAAGAAGACGUGGCGGUGGGCGGCGGUGGUGGCGGUGGUGGCGGUGGUGGUGGCGGAGACGAUCACUGUCCCCAAGGAGGCACGGAGCACCAGUUGGUGGGGAGACCUCCAGGUGAGGUUCAACCACCCAACCGUUGGGUCUUGGGCAACCGUCCAACCCUGAAGGACCUCACGGCGACGCUGAGACGGGCCAAAUCUUUCACUUACUCGGACAAACCGGCCUCCCGCCGUCUGUUUCUGCAGAACGCCAUGAAGCCGAGUUCUUCGGAGCUUCUGCUGGCCACUCGGUUUGACCACAAUGGCGUGCUUUCGGACAGCCGAGACAGGGAAGAGGACGUGCUCCCUGUAAUCAUUCAAGAUCAGUACAUCCAAGAAGCCAGGCAGGUUUUUGAGAAGAUAAGUAAGAUUGGCUCAGAACAUGACUAUAAUUUUGCUCUGGAGCCCAAGAAGAACGGAAGGGGGGAGGACGAGAGGGAGGAGGCCUCCAAAGAAGAAAGCUGUGGUCAGUGCUUGGAGAAAGCGGAUUCUGAAGGAAACCUAUCCUGCAGGAAAUCUUUCCAAGAAGGGCCUGAAUCCAGUAUGACAGAUGAAGGAAUUGUGACCGAGCCGGACACGUCUCCUGCUUACAGUUACCUCGAUCCGUCCGUUGCUGCGUGGAAGUUGGCCAACCGAAGAGAAACUGAAGCCGGUCCUCUUGAGAUGAAGGAGAAGCUUCUACCAAACCAUCUCACCAAAGGGAAUGAGAAGGUGGCGGUUGUGGAUGAGGUCCUCUCGAACCACAAAAUGGUGUCCCAGGGUUUGUCGGAGACACCGCUGACGCCGAGUGCCCUUCGGCGCCGGAGGAAGUUCCCAUCCUUGGGGAACAACGGUCCCGAAUCCAGCAACGGAAGCAGCGGCGAGUCUGGCGGCGAUUCCUACCGAUCCCUUAGCGAUCCCAUGCCCCACAGGAGGUGCUCCAUCUCCGAGGACUCCAAGAACUUUUCCGUGGACAGUAACCUUCUGGGCUCGUUGAAUUCGAAGACCGGCAUCCUGGAUUCCUCGGCCGCGGCCUUGUCGGAUUGCACAGGAAGCGCGGCCAGUGAUCUCUCCGUUUGCAGUGAUGGACUGAAGGAUUACAGCACCGUGAUCCAGAACAUCGUCAGCCAGCCGGGAGCCAUGGACAAGGUGAUUGAUGAGAAGGGGAACGGGAAGCCCAUCAAGAAGAAGUCUUUCAGUGACCCUAGCCGCCGUGGUGAGCAUGCCAACCCGGGCUUCAUGGGCGCCGGAGAGCCCAUUAACGAAAUGGAACAGAACAUCCUUCCGUCCAGCAGCGAACCCAUCCUUUCGGAGCGAAGGGACCAGUCCACGGAGCAGGACGUGCGUAGGUUGUCCUCCCAGUCGGAGCAGAUCCUGCUGAUGGCCCCAGAAGACAACGAGGUUGACGUCCCUCAAAACUUUGGCUUUGAUCCCAAGCUGGCCGAAGUCUUGUCACCUCGGAUCGCUCGGCGAAGUUCCAAGAAGCGCAGCGACCGCGUGAGUAACCAGGAGAGCAGAAAGGAAGAGACGGCGCUGUCUUCCGCCGUGCCCACCACGCUGGGCAGAGCGAGGCCGGCGUCCAAGCAUGUGCGCCACACCAGUGAACCUGCCACCUUUCUCCCCCUCUCCAAUGCCCACCUGCCCAGUUCGCUCUAUCACAACGCACACCCUGCCAUUCAGGAGCUGCCACAGCGGCCGGCGAAGCCUUCUGUCGCUCUUCAAGUCCCGUCCUUGGAGGAUGUCACCAAGCACUACGUGUUGACUCUCAGUCCUGGGGAGACCCUCCCCAGCAGCACUGUGGAUACCCCCAGAUCGUCCCCUUCCACGCCAACCACAACGGAACCCAAGCUGCCCAGGUGCCCGAAACACCACGGAGAUGUGAACGCCAGCAGCUCCAGGAGCAAGCCGAAAGUGGAUAUGCGGAAACAUGUCACUAUGACCCUGUUGGACACGGAGCAGUCGUACGUGGAGUCUCUCCGUACCUUGAUGCAGGGUUACAUGAAGCCCCUUAAACUGCCGGAAAAUUCCAUCCUCUGUGACCCCUCGCUGGUGGACGAGAUCUUCGACCAGAUUCCCGAAUUGCUGGAACAUCACGAGGAGUUCCUGGAGCAGAUCUCCGAAUGCGUUCAGAACUGGCACGAGAAGCAGAAAGUGGGAGACAUCCUGGUGGAGUCUUUUUCCAAAGACAUCUUGGUGAAUAUUUAUUCUGCCUACAUUGAUAACUUCCUCAACGCCAAAGAUGCCAUAAGGAUCGCCAAGGAAGCCCGACCGGCGUUUAUGAAAUUUCUGGCGCAAAGCAUGCGGGAAAACAAAGAGAAACAGGCGCUCUCUGAUCUGAUGAUCAAACCGGUGCAACGGAUUCCACGCUACGAACUUCUGGUCAAAGACCUUCUCAAACACACCUCAGAGGAGCAUCCGGACCACCCCUUCUUGAUAGAAGCGCAGACGAGCAUCAAGCAGGUCGCGGAGAAGAUCAACAAAGGGAUGAAGAGCGCGGAGGAGGUGGAGCGCAACGCCCGGAUCGUGCAGGAGAUCGAAUCCCACAUCGAAGGCAUGGAAGACCUCCAGGCUCCCCUUCGGAGGUUCUUACGGCAGGAGAUGGUGGUGGAAGUGAAGGCACUAGGCUACACAGCGGCCAGUGUGAUCGACACUGCCAGCAAGUACAAACUGCUUUGGAAAAUGCCGCUGGAGGACGUCGACAUUGUGAAAGGGAGCUGUCAGUCCACCAACCGGGACAGCAUCCAGAAAGCCAUCUGCCGCCUGGACGAGGACCUCAGCACCCUGGGUCAAGUCAGCAAACUCUCCGAGACCCUCAGCUUCGCCCACCAGACCCUGGAUGACGUCAUCAAGGAUUUAAUGGCCGCCAUCCACCGGGAACUGACGGAGAAGCAGUCGGUGUCCUUCAGCCUCUCCUUCCCGCCCAACAAGAUGGAGAUGACCGUCACCAAAUCCGACAGCACCGACUCUCACAUUUUUGAAUUUCCCAAUCCGGACGCCCGGCACAAUUUUGAACAAGGCUUUGAGGACGCAAAGAAGAAGCUAGCUUCUAACAAAAACUGUCUGGAUCCUGAGUUCCUGAAGGCAAUUCCCAUUAUGAAAACACGGAGCGGGAUGCAAUUCUCCUGCGCCUCCCCCAGCCACAACAACCCGGAGAACGCCUACGAGGUCUGGGUCUGCAACAGCGACGGCUACGUGGGGCAGGUGUGCCUUCUCAGCAUCAAGAAGGAGCCCAUCGUGGAGGCCUGCAUCGCCGUCUGCUCCGCCCGGAUUUUGUGCAUCGCCUCCGUGCCGGGUCUCAAGAGGACUUACAGGGAACGUCCAGUCUCUCUAGCCAGCCCAGCCUCGGAGCCGGGAAACCCCACCCUGGAUGAAGCUGCCCCUCAACCGUGUUUGCACAUCUCCAUUUCUGGAUCUUCUCUGGAGAUCUUGGAGCCGAUGGAUACCGCCGGCCAGGAACUUGUCCCGUUUGACAGCGAUGACACCGACGACGAGUCCUCACCCAGUCCCUCCGGCACCCUUCAAAGCCACUCCACCAUCUCCAGCUUUACAAAUGAGGAGAGCCCCAGUUCCAAAGAUGUGACGGCCGAGACCACCAGCUCGGAAGAGGAGCAGGACCCCAGUAGCUUCCUCCCCAUCGGUCGCCCCUUCGCCCAGAACCAGAUCGGCGAAAGCCCCAUGGACGGCCGAGCUAUGAGGCGCUCCAGUCAAGGCUCCUUCACCAGGGCCAGCCUGGAAGACCUGCUGAGCGUGGACCCCGAGGCCUAUCAAAGCUCCAUGUGGCUGGGCACCGAGGAUGGCUGCAUCCACGUCUAUCAGUCUUCAGACAACAUUCGCAACAGGAAGAACAGCCUGAAGAUGCAACAUUCGGCCUCUGUCACCUGCAUUUUGUAUCUUGAUAACCAGGUGUUCGUGUCCCUGGCCAACGGAGAGCUGGUCGCCUAUCAGAGGGAGGCAGGACGCUUUUGGGAUUCUCACAACUCUAAAUCUCUCUUGUUGGGCUCUCCGGGCAGCCCCGUAACCAAGAUGGUGGCCGUGGGCGGGAAGCUCUGGUGUGGAUGCCAGAACCGAAUCGUUAUCCUCAAGACUUCUACGCUGCUUCAGGAGCACACAUUUGUGGUCGGGCAAGACGGCACCCGCAGUGUGACGUGCCUGGUGACCUCCAGCGUCGGGAUUUGGGUCAGCCUCCAAGGGAGCGCCCAGGUCAGGCUUUAUCAUCCUGCCAGCUAUGAUCAGUUGGCUGAAGUGGACGUCACCCCUCCAGUCCACAAGAUGCUGGCAGGAUCGGACGCCAUCAUCCGACAACACAAGGCGGCUUGCUUGAGGAUCACGUCCCUCUUGGCCUGCAAAGAUUUGCUCUGGAUCGGCACCAGCGCAGGGGUCGUGCUGACCCUCCCCAUCACCGGCAACACCGCUGCUUUGAAGACCCCUCCUCUGCCUGUUGGACUGUCCCAAGGCCACACCGGUCACGUCCGAUUCCUCACGUCCAUUGACCUUCCCGAGGGAUUUAAUGUCCUUUUUCCCCUGCCAGGAGAAGCAGGUGUGGAAAAAUCAAGCGACUUGGACAAACGAGAUUCGACGCGACACCGGCCUUCCAAGUCCAAAAUGCUGGUGGUCAGCGGCGGAGACGGCUACGAGGAUUUCAGACUCACCAACAGCAGCGAGACCGUGGGCCGGGAUGACAGCACCAACCACCUCCUGCUCUGGAGGGUCUGA